UGUGAAAUCUACCCGAUGAGGACAUAUGCAGGGUUCGUUUGCUCAUAAUUAUUGGGAUUUAUUUCCAUCGACUACCUCUCCCGGCAUCUUCUCAUUGUUCCUAUUGUCGGCGUAUUCCAGAGGCGAUCGAGCGCGCACGUUUCCACACAUACUCGACGACAUUCACGCUCGCUUCUUCAUUUAUCAAAUCGUACUCACGGGAAGCCUUUUCACCACCAAGAAGGUCCCGAGCACCAAUCUUAUGAGCUUCUGCCGCGAUCUGAAGCCAGGUUCAACAACACUCCACGGUCAACAUUCCCAGUCUGACAUAAUAUCGCAACUUCGACAACGACAUCGGAAUCCUAGCUUGAAAUGGCAACCGAGUGAUGUCCAUCUUCAUUUCGUUUAAUUCAAGCAUACCUCACUCCGAAAUGGUAGGGUUCCGCCCGACUGACCGCCAGCUGCCAUCUCGAGAAAUCUCGCCCAAGACAAUUGUAGAUGCAUUUGUUGCCUUCAUUCUAUACUGCAACCCGACAUAUCCUCUAGACCUCGACACCAAUGAUCUUCGGCAGGCAUUUCUCACUCCGCCUAAGAGCGAAGGCAAGGACUUUGAUAUGUUCCAUUUAUGUGAUUUGAUGCUCAAAUACACGCGUGGAGAGGUUGAGACCUGGACCCAAUUUGCUUUGGACCUGGGCGUCGAAGGGCCUGACGCGACGAAGAAUCAAUCUUCGCAGAAGGUUCAGCAGUACAUGGUUCGACUAAAGCGAUGGAUGAAGUCUAUGCGCGUCGAUGCCUUUUGCUCGUACCUCAGUGAGAAGCCACAUCCUUACUUUACCGAAAUCCCGCCUCCCAGUAAUCCCCAUCCGAAGGGUGGACGCGCAGGCAUCCUGCCAGAGGGCGAUUAUGCGCUUAGAGCCAUCGACCCCUCCUUCCGACCGAAAAGAGGCCGACGACGCAAUUCGGAUGUCGAGAUGGAGGAGACUCGAUCACCAGGCACAUCACCAUCCAUCUCGAAGUCACCACGCUUCAUGGAAAACCUGCUAGGUCCGCCACUACCCGAUUCGGCGAUUCCCAGGAGCGCUCACCCUGACGGUUUCCACGAUCCUUGGGCGCAGACGCCUACAUCAACCCCCCAAAAUUCUUCAGCUACGUGGUCAGCGGCGCGAUCAGGACCGCCCUCGGCAUCAACGGCACCGUCGCACCUGCGAUGGGUGCUCACUCAACGUCCAGAUGGUCAGACUCCCGUGACACCACAUCCGCUCUCAGCACAGACCGAUGGUGAGGAUAAAUGGGCAGCAUCAGCAUCGACGCCUAGUAGUCGCAAGCGGAAACGUAACGGCCCUGCCAUCUCUAGCGCAUGGAAUGCCGGCUCUUCAUCUGGAUCGAAACCUCGCGGUAGACCGCCCGCGAAUCGCAGUGUCCAAGAUGGGCCGUUCGGUACGUUCCCUGUUGAGCCGGUGGCUCAAUCCACAAGGGCGAACGAAAGGUCGGAUCAAGGUUUGGACGACUUAGCGCUGUAUGCUUCCGGCCAGUUGGCAACUCCGCCAAGUGCUAUGAGUGAACCAGGUCUAUCCGGGCGGAAACGACUUUCCUUGCAGGUACCGGCGCACCAGGGUGGGCCAGUCGUUCAGCUCGGACAAGGUCAUGAAGGCGAGAGUAUGCGAAACCACACUUUUGCUCAUCACAAUCCGAUGGCGAAAACACUCACAUCGGCACAUUUACCAACGCCGCAAAGCGGUCAGAGCCUAAACUCAAGACCCAUAGGUGACAUCGCAGCCCAUGAAUCAUCCACUCGAUUGCCUGGUGUCGACUUUGAAACCUUGAAGCGGAUUCUGGCCAGCGAUCUCCUCCGCGCCGAGCUCAUUGGAUCUCCCGCACGCCUGACUGGCGAAGCAGCCCGGCGCCUUGCCCACGUCAUCCUCGACCGCCUCCUCCUCCCUGAGCAAUCCUCCUGCUUGCCUAAUCAAAGCCCCUACAGCGAUAUUGCCUGCUUCACAGCCGCUACGUGGCUGGGUAUCGCGCACCAUCUCCCACCAGACCUCGAUAUCCCUGUCGCCCCACUUCACACCCGCCGCAAGACCCUCAAGGUCACUCGCUUCCGCACCGAUCCAGUCACCGGCUACGACGAAUUGCUCCCGACCUCAGCCGACCCUGAUAACGCCUCGCCUGCCUGCCGCGUGGUUUACGACCUCUCCUGGUCCGUCGGAAUGGGCGGCGCCUUCGCCGGGUCGUUCUCCAUGGACGGACUGGUCCUUGCCGGUGUGCCGCCGCCUCACGACCCUCGUGCUGCCGCCACCAUGACCUCGACACUGGAUAUCCACGACCUUUUCAUGAAGAAAUCCUUUGAAGCAGUCAAGCGCAUGCAGCAGGAGGGCUGGGCGGAAGACACAAUGAAGCAGGUCGCUCGCGUCGUGAGCGAUUCUUUGCCGCAGUCCUCUGCCGCCGCGGCGGCUGCUGCCUCGCAGCGUGCCUAUCCGGACAUGACUCCGGCGUCAGCGCAGGCUGAAAAUCACGCGCUGGCCUCGGCGUUGGCUGCGGCGAAUGCCGAGGUGGCCAAGUGGAAGUCUUCCACGAUGCAGUUGGAAUUUGCGUGUAAAGUGGCGCAGGGCGCACUGCAACAGGAGAAGGAGGAGAUGCUGCAGAAGAUCCUUGGGGUCUUGUUGGAGAAGUGAAGAGCACGAAUCAGCCUCGUCUGGGAAAUUUCGCAUCGGGUCACUUCAGGUGCGCUGUAUUGUGCAUGGUUUUCUAUUUUCGAUGUGAUCUAUUACUAUUAUUCCUCGCCUUCGUCCUCGCCUUCGCUUUGGCAGGAUUCUUCAUCAAUGAU